UAUGUAAUGUACUGUACAUAACCAAACAAAUACAAACAAAAUUAAUUUAACUUUACCAAAAGGAAGAAGUAUAGUAACAAAUGCCCACUGACAAUAAACGUAUUGCAGGGCCUGAAGAUAGUAUCUCUUAUCGCCUUUUUAAAGAAACAAGUAAUGAAUCUGUUCUCAGUAAAAUUAACAAUUUAAAAAACAAUAUCCGUUCUGAUGGAAGGAAAACAAAUGAGCAGCGUAAAAUUUUUUUAAAAUGUGGUGUCGUUAGUCAAGCAAAAGGCUCUGCUUACUUCGAAGUUGACAAUACCAAAUUAAUUGUAUCAGUUUACGAUCCUCGUGAGAUACCCAAGAAAACGGACUACAGCCUAAAGGGCGAAUUGUUUUGCAUUUUUAAAUAUGCACCCUUUAGUUGUCCCAACCGGAGAGGACACCAACAAGAUGCAGAAGAGAAACAACACAGUGCCAUAAUGAAAAGGGCAUUAGAAUCGGCCGUAUGUCGCCACGAAUUUCCGAAUUUUCAAGUAGAUGUGUACGUUCUAGUGCUAGAAAACGAUGGAUCUGCUUUAAGUGGUGCAAUUACAGCUGCCGGAAUAGCAUUGGCACAAGCAGGCAUACCCAUGUAUGACACGAUCACGUCGGCAACAUUGGCAAUUCAAGGCAGUACAAAAUUGUUGGAUCCCACUUUAGAAGAGGAAGCAUUGUGUACAAUAGCUACGCACAAAAGUGAUACAGAAACUGGUUACGAUAGUCAUGGGAUUAUAGUACUUGCAAUUCUUUCCACACACGAACAAAUAUCCGAAUUUUAUCAACUUGGCAACUUAAAUUUAGAUACUUUGAACGAGAGCAUUAGUAUAUUAAUGAACGCCACAAAAGAAAUUGUGCCACUGGUGGAAAAGUGUUUGGUAGACUACGUAAAUAAAACUUUCAAAGCCAAUGGGCAAAGUUGAGGGUACUUUUGUAAAACACUGUCAUUAUGUAUCGAGCAAUUGUGGAUGCGGCGAGUUUUUAUUUUACUGUUUUUAAUUUCACAUUGUAAUAUCAAUAAAUCUCGUGAUUUCAUA